AUCACCCAGUAACAAACUCAUUCAGAAACCACCCAUUUGUUAGUAAUAAGGAUUAAAAACGAACAAAAAGAACAAAUUAAAUAAUUCAAGGAUUUAUACAAGUGAAUUUAUUUAAAUUGUGAUUAAAACGUGCAUUAAUAAUUUGAAAGGAAAAGAAAACUUAAGAAAACAUUAUGACAAAAACAGUUAUUAAAUCUAUCAUUUUGUUAAACAUUUUAGUUUGUUUAACACAAGCAGCUUUAGUGAAAAAUCAAGUGUCACAAUCACAACUGUCACAACUAAAUAACAAUUAUCAACAAAAUUCUAUAGAACAACCAAGAUUUCCAUCACGUACUAGUACCACUGAGAAGGAAAGAUUUUCGGUUAAUUAUGAUCAAGUGAAUGAUUUGGGAAAUCGUGUUUUGGAUAAUUUCGAUCAUCGUUAUCCUGAUGGUAGUUAUGAGUUUCGCUAUGAAUUAGCCGAUGGCCAGGCACGCUACGAAAGAGGAUAUUUUAUUACCGUUAAUAAACAAAAGUCCUUGGUGGUGGUGGGUUACUACUCAUAUCGUAUGACUGAUGGCAAAUAUAUAACAGUUUUCUAUAAUGCCGAUCGUUUUGGUUAUAGACAAAAUCAAGCCAUUACCCGCGAUGUUCUUCCCGAUUUACCACGAACCAUUGAAGUUCCCGAAAUCAGAGAAGAACAGUCAGAAUAUAUUGAUAUAACGACGAAAAAAUCAAACCCUCAUCCAACCACUCCUGCAUCAAUUAAACGUUUACAGUCCUAAGUCAUCAGAAAUUAUGACGUGAUAAUUUGCAGGCAUACAAAGUCAGUAUUUAAAGUUAUAAUUAGAAAAUUAUUUAUUUUUGGUAUUUUGGUAAAAAUAACAAAAACAAUUUUGUGAAGCUUAAAAUAAAGUUAUUGCUAAACA